AUGGGUGCGAUGACCACCAACCGCAAGCGCGCCCAAGAAUGCAUGAACGUGAACCGCACCAGUUUGGAUUCCCCCCGGAAACGCCCCAAAAUCUUGACCAAGCCUGUUCUGUCCUCCGCCAGCGCCGUCGCGCGACUCUCCCUCUAUCCGCAGGUUCACACGCCAUUGGCGAGGGAGGUUCACGCGCCGUAUCGGCCGUCAAAAUUUCCACUAGCUUCCAGGGUUAGAGCCUGCGCCGGCGACGCCAUGGGGAACGUUCUGAUCGCGAAGUACGAGAAAGCGAAGCGUUCGGCGUUGGCCAAGUGUGUGUACGUGGUGGAGAAGGUAAAAGAGGUGAUUGUAGUGGACGCGGAGAGUGAUGAGCCUUGCGCUGAUUCGAGCGUGGAAGAGGCUCGUGGUGACGGUGACAAGGUUAGGGUUCAACAGCAGUCGCAGUCGACGUUGUCAUUUGAUUCGGAGUUGAAGGUGGCGAGUGAAGGGAAGGUGUGGGAUUCUGGGACGCGGCUUGAUGUUGAAAGUGUUCAUCUGUAUAAGAAGUUGCUUGAGGAUGUUGGGAGGAGAAGUAGCACGUUUCAGAGGCUGAAUUUUCAGAUUGACCUGAAUGAGAAACGCAGGGACCAUUUUAAUUUGUUACGACCGAAGAAGGAAUUGGUUGAGGAACAAGAAGUGCCGCAAGAGCCAUUUGUUACUCUCACUAGUGAGGAAGAAGAUGAGGUUGAACGCGCCUUUUCUGCCAACCGGUGGACAAUCUUGGUUACCCAUGAGAAGUCUAAUAUUGAGAUUACUGGAGAAAAGCUUCAGUGCCUUAGACCAGCUGGGUGGUUAAAUGAUGAGGUAAUAAAUUUGUACCUAGCAUUGCUGAAGGAGAGGGAACAAAGACAACAACAGAAAUUUCUGAAAUGUCAUUUUUUCAAUACCUUUUUCUACAAAAAGUUAAUAAGUGGUCCACAUGGUUAUGAUUUUAAAUCUGUCAGAAGAUGGACAAGCCAUCGGAAAUUGGGAUACAGUUUACUUGAAUGUGAUAAAAUAUUUGUGCCUGUUCAUCAAGAGAUACAUUGGUGCUUGGCAGUUAUCAAUAAGAAAGAUAAGAAAUUGCAGUACCUUGACUCAAUGAAAGGAGAGGAUAGUUCUGUACUAGAAAAGCUGGCUAAAUAUUUUGCGGAUGAAGUGAAUGACAAGACUGGAAAAGAUAUUGGUGUAAAUACCUGGAAAAAAGAAUUUGUGAAAGACCUUCCUGUUCAGAAAAAUGGAUAUGACUGUGGGGUGUUUAUGAUCAAAUAUGCGGACUUUUAUAGCAGGGGUCUAGAGCUGUAUUUUAACCAGGAAAACAUGUCUUAUUUCCGGCGUAGGACAGCUAAGGAGAUCUUGAGAUUGAAAGCUGAAUGA